AUGGCAUCCUCCACACAAGGAGGCGGGCCUCUCAAAUUCGAAGAAAUCCCAACGUCUGACGUUACGUGUGAUUUCAUUGAGCCGUCUGAAGUUUACGAGUCAAUUGAGCGCGUCAAGGCAGCAGGUCAACAAGCGCAAAAGGACUUUUUACUGGUUGAUGUGCGCAGGACUGAUUGGGAGGGCGGCACGGUUGCCACGUCUGUAAACUUCCCAGCUCAGUCAUUUUAUCAAACUCGCUCGGGGGUCUAUCAUCUUUGCAAGCAGGCUGGGAUUAAGAAAGUUAUAUUCUACUGCGGGAGCUGUGGCACUAGAGGACCGAAGUGUGCGGGCUGGUUCCAAGAGUACCUCAAUUCGAUUGGGGAGGCUGAGAUGAAGGCUUUGAUUCUUCGGGGAGGCGUCAAGGGAUGGCAGAAGACAUACAACGGCCAGUUGAUGGAUUAUUAUGAUCCGGGCGCCUGGGGUUCACAAAGCAAGUAG